AUGCAUUUCACACCAACUCUUCUCCUCUCCGCCUUGAGCAUCAGCAGUGUCCUUGGUAAGUCCUCCCUCCCUCACUCCAUCCAUCCAUCACCAAAAUCCCACUCCAAACCAAAAACUAACCCUUCCCUCCCUCUCCCUCCAGCCGCAGCCAACACAACCAAAGCCCCAACCACAAGCACAACCACACACGUAGUACGUGUCGGCUCCAGCACCAACAACAGCGUAAAAUAUUUCCCCGACAACAUCACCGCCGCCGUCGGCGACGUAAUCCAAUUCCAAUUUGCCGCUGGCAACCACACGGUCACACAAUCCACUUUUGACGCUCCAUGCGUACCCAUUAGUCAAAGUUCCAAUACAACCGGUGUCUACAGCGGAUUCAUGGAUGUUGGUGCUGGGGGGAAAGCUACUGGUAUGGUGCCUGUGUUUAGUAUGAUGGUUAAGGCCAAGACUCCUAUGUGGUUUUAUUGUAGUCAGGCGAAACAUUGUCAGAAGGGGAUGGUUUUGGUGGUUAAUGAGAAGUAA